CCUUGAAUCUUUAGGUGGAGGGAGAACAGCAGACGGCACUAUGACCUCCCUGCAGUCCACCAUGAGCUCAGUGUCCACUCUCUCUGAGGUCAGCGUGAUGUCAGAGGGCAGCGCCUGUGACUCGGAGCCACAGCCCGGCGCCUCGCUCCAAAUUGGGGACAACGUGUCUGAAGUUGACGGCAGUGAAUCGGGAAUAAGGCCGGGGAACGAUGGCAACGACAGCGACAGCUCGUCUUACAGCAGCGUGUCGACCAGAGGGCAGUUCAGGACGCUCUCUGCCGCAGUGGAGAGGCAGCGGGGGGGCUACACGGUGCAGGGGAGGGAGAUCGCUGCUGAAGCCAUGGGUCAGUUCCCCUCGCUGCAGGAGGUGCUGCAGGCGGCCAGCGACGAGCAGCACCUCCUGGAGCUGGAGCAGGGAGACGGAGCGGAGCCGCGCAGCCGCAGGGACAGCUUCUCCAGCAGUGUUUCUCUGGAGAGCUCAGUGAUGGGCCAUGAUGAGAUGCUGCAGGUGUUGAAGGAGAAGAUGAGGCUGGAGGGUCAGCUGGAGUCUUUGUCAUCUGAGGCCAAUCAGGCUCUCAAGGAGAAGACGGAGCUUCAGGCUCAGCUGGCUACGGUGAACGCUCAGCUGCAGGCGAAGAAGGCGGAGUCUCAGCUCAGCCAGGAGAAGCAGAGCACCCUCACUGCAGAGGUCAGCACACUGAGGCAGAACUCCACCCAGCUGGAGAGGGCCAUGGUGGAGCUCCAGGGAAGUCUGGAGGGCAAGAACGCCAGCCUGACGUCUCUCAGCAACGACCUGAAGGUGGCUGAAGACCAAUACAACCGGCUGAUGGGGAAGGUGGAGGAGAUGCAAAACACUGUGACCUCAAGAGACAACACAGGUGAGUGACGGAGACCCAGAGAGCUGAGGGUAAC